AAAAGAAAGACUUUGAAAAAAAAAAUUAAAAAUCUGAUCUUUUGCGCAUAGGCAGAGUUUUCUGUUGGCGAUUUAUCCCAAAAAGUAAAUGCCUCGUUAGCCCAUCUCUAUAAUAAAUUCUAUUACCUCUUUCCUUGACGCUAGUUUGGGCUUUUGAACGCUCAAGGUUAUAUGGUGUUGUCGUAGGGCCUAAUUUCCUUCCUUAACGUUGGAUCUAUGUUUCUUUCUGAGUCCCCAUCGCAAGUUAAGGUUUUAAAAUUUACAAGUGAAGGGCCAGAGGAUAUGGCAAAAGAGUAUAUCUUAGUUUUCGAAUGUGCUUACUGUUUGACAUAGUUUCAGUUUUUGAACUUGAUUCUUCUUUCGUCUAACCAAGUUUCAGUUUUUGAACUUGAUUCUUCUUUUGUUUAACCAGACUAUCAAAAGGAUAUCAGCUUGUGUAUGAAUAGAAAAUCCACCAUUUUAGCCAUCAUGCUAUAAGUGUUUGCAGUCACUUCUAUCUACUUAUCCUUCGUCAUUCGUGUUAGCAUGCAAUAACAAUCAAAAUGAGAAGCAUUUCUCUCCCUCUUAUAAAUUUGUGCUUCAAGGAGAUCAAGGGUUCUGACCUAGGAUCAUGGGAUGCUUUGGCUGCUGCGAAGACAGUGAAGUACAUACACAUGCUGACAACAAAACCUUCAUGCAAAACAAUUCUGCAGGGAGAACUGGCUAUACUGGAAAAGAGGCUGUUGCAAGAACCACUCCACCUACUGUACAUUUUCAACCUAUUGCUGUCCCUUCCCUUUCAGUUGAUGAAUUAAAGUCCUUGACAGAUAAUUUUGGCACGAAAUCUUUUAUCGGGGAGGGUGCGUAUGGCAAAGUAUAUCAUGCCAUAUUGAGAAAUGGCCGUGCUGUGGCUAUAAAAAAGUUGGAUUCUAGUAAGCAACCAGAGCAAGAGUUUCUUGCACAGGUCUCCACUGUCUCAAGGUUAAGGCAUGAAAAUGUUAUUGAACUUGUUGGUUAUUGUGUUGAGGGUUCUUUUCGUGCCCUAGCCUAUGAGUAUGCUCCUAAAGGAUCACUUCAUGACAUCCUACAUGGACGCAAAGGUGAUAGGGGCGCACAUCCUGGUCCAGUUCUAUCUUGGGCACAGAGAGUUAAAAUUGCUGUUGGAGUAGCUAAAGGAUUAGAAUAUCUACAUGAAAAAGCAGAAACUCGUAUCGUCCAUCGCCACAUCAAGUCUAGCAAUAUACUGCUUUUUGAUGAUGAUGUUUCAAAGAUUGCUGAUUUUGAUUUGUCAAAUCAAUCCCCUGAUGAAGUAGCUCGUGUCCAUUCUACUCGUGUUCUUGGAACUUUUGGUUAUCAUGCUCCAGAAUUUGCAAUGACGGGAGAUGUCACUGUAAAGAGUGACGUUUACAGUUUUGGAGUUAUAUUGUUGGAACUGUUAACCGGGCGCAAGCCUGUUGAUCAUACACUGCCACGAGGGCAACAAAGCCUAGUGACUUGGGCAACACCAAAACUGAGUGAAGAUAAGGUAAAGCAGUGUGUGGAUGCCAGAUUACAGGAUGAUUACCCUCCCAAAGCAGUUGCCAAGAUGGCUGCUGUUGCUGCAUUGUGUCUGCAAUAUGAAGCCGGGUUAAGGCCAAACAUGGGCAUUGUUGUUAAAGCUUUACAACCACUGUCAAAUCCUCGUCCUGUUCAGCCAAGAGAAAAGUAUUGAAUCUCUAGUUUCCCGAAUCCGCCAUUAAUACGUUGGCCCAAAAAAACAUCUGUCAUCAAUAGUCCAAGUGUAACUUAAGCUGAUAGUCUACAAGUAUCUUCUGUAUUGUAUGUGUAAUUUAAUAGCUUGUUCUGUGAGAUUACUUAGUUGCAACAUUUUGAGACUUUGUUGUUAGGUAUUUUGAGACCUUGUUCUGUCACUUUCAUUAACAGAUUAUGGUAAUGUAAGUGGCAAAAUCUGUUCUAACUUUCAGUUUCUUGAGAAAAGAGUAAUCGUUUGAGUUCUUUGGAAAA